AUCUCAUACAAAACUUUAAGAACGAUGAUCCUGCUUUUUGCUUCGAUUGUUUCUCUCCUGGCUUCCACCACCCACGCUGGAAAGGUUCUGGUAUUUCCGCAAGACGGCAGCCACUGGGUGAACAUGCAGAAGUGAAGGUGGCUGGUUCUCUGCAGGGAAGCUUGGUCCAGGGAAGAGCCUCGGCUCAGAUCAGAAGUGAAGGUGGCUGGUUCUCUGCAGGGAAGCUUGGUCCAGGGAAGAGCCUCGGCUCAGAUCAGAGUGAAGAUGUAUCGUGUCUGGAUCAGUAUCUUCCUCCUCUGUGCUGCUGUGACUGAGGGAGGGAAAGUCCUGGUGUAUCCAGUGGAUGGGAGCCACUGGGUGAACAUGAAGGUCCUCAUCGAGGAGCUGCACUCCAGAGGCCACCAGGUGGCGGUGUUCCGACCGAGAGACAGCUGGUACAUCAAGGAGAAGUCACGCUUCUACACCUCCAUCCCUCUGGAUCACGACUCUGGAUUUGAUGAAGAAUUUGUAAGUAGGUUUGCAUUCAAAUUAUUGAAGAUACAGCAAGAUGGAUUGUCCUUCUGGGUCCACUAUGAACUGAUGAUGGAAGCAAUCAAAAACUUUGCCAAGCUGCACGAGAAGAGCAGUAACCUGCUGGAGGCACUUUUGGAGAACAAAAAUCUCGUCAAGUCUCUGAAGGAGGAAAACUAUGACCUCGUCCUGACCGACCCUGGUGUUCCUGCAGGAGCUAUUCUCAGCCACUACCUAAAGAUCCCACUUGUUUUCAAUGUCAGAUGGGCUGGCAAAGGUGAUGGACAUUUUGUUCUUGCACCUUCUCCUCUGUCUUACAUCCCCAUGACAGGGACAGAGUUCAGUGACAAAAUGAGCUUCUUAGAGAGAGUUGUUAACAUGCUUGUUUACUUUUUGGGGGAAUACCAGUUUGCAAAGCAUUUCGCACCUUAUUACAGUGACAUUAUCAAUAAAUAUCUAGGUACAGAGAUGGACUACAACUCCAUUCUCCAAGCUGCAGAUCUGUGGCUCAUGAGAGUGGACUUUGUUUUCGAGUUCCCUCGUCCCACCAUGCCCAACAUCAUCUACAUCGGUGGCUUCCAGUGCAAACCUGCAAAACCACUGCCUGAGGACUUGGAGGAGUUUGUCCAGAGUUCUGGAGAACAUGGGGUCAUUGUCAUGUCUCUUGGGACAAUAAUCGGAGCACUUCCUGGCGAUGUAGCGAACAAUAUCGCAGCAGCGUUCGCCAGGCUACCGCAGAAGGUCAUCUGGAGGCACACAGGUGACAGACCAACAACCCUGGGCAACAACACCUUGCUGGUUGACUGGAUGCCACAGAAGGACCUCUUAGGACAUCCCAAAGUCAAACUGUUUGUGCCUCACGGAGGAACCAACGGAGUCCAGGAAGCCAUCUACCAUGGCGUCCCAAUACUUGGAAUGCCACUGAUCUUUGAUCAGCGAGAUAACGUCUUGCGAAUCGUGGCACGUGGGGCUGGAAAGAUUAUUCGUUUCUCCGAUCUGACAGAAGAGACUUUCUACAAGGAUCUCCAGGAGGUCCUGACCAACCCGUCCUACAGGAGCAACAUGCAGAGACUCUCCAGGCUUCACAGGGAUCAGCCCAAGACGCCAAUGGACACUGCCAUCUUCUGGCUAGAGUUUGUAAUGAGACACAAAGGAGCUGCCCACCUCAGAUCUGAGUCCUUCAAGCUCUCCUGGUAUCAGUAUCACUGUGUCGAUGUCAUGCUUGUGUUAGCGACAGCGGUGAUCCUGACAGUUGGCCUUGUUGCUUCUUUCAUUCGGUGCUUAUGUGCGAGAGUUUGUCACAGAACAAAAAGGAAACACGAUUAAAAUCUUCUCAAUGCAGGAUUGAAAAAAGUCAAUGUUUCCCUUUAGAGCAAGUGAAAUUGAAUUUAGAAGACACUUUCACAUCAUAAUUGAGCAACAAUGGUGUUUAGACUUAUAAAGCUGGUAAUUCACCAUGCCAUUCACACAUCUUUUACCAUAUAUAUAUAUAUAUAUAUAUAUAUAUAUAUAAUUUUGUCGACCGGAGGCCACCUCUAAAAAGGCUUCAGCAGAAGAAGAAUUAAU